AUGACUGGAAAUAAUUUAUUUCAACUAGCACAAAUUGUAACAGAACUACCACUCCAUCAGCAAGGACCCAUUUCGACCAAGAAUGACCAUAGUCGACCACUGGUAAUGAGAAAGUAUUAUGGUAUCAAUUGUCAGUGUAUAGAAAUGCAACCUCGACGAGGAAAGAAUUUGCCCCAGAAUGGACUUGACUCAAGGGCAAAGAAAUUGAAUAAAUUAGAUAGAAAUGACUAUGAGUUCACAAUCAAGUGGCUGAAUGAGAAUAUACAUCAGAUUUACAGAGAUAAAGAGAAUAAAGUUAUUGGCUUGAAUGAAAUGACUGAAGUGUCACUCUGUAAGGCACAUUCAAGCACUUUAUACAGAGCCAAAAAGAAGCACCAGCGUAGCAAUCAAGCUCCACCGUCACCUGCUGAUUCUAGUGGAACCUCGGAAGAUCAUCCAAGAUUAUUUGGACUUGCAGCCAAAGUACGUGAUCUUCCUUAUUUAGCUCAGCCAUCACCCCCUGAGUGUCCAACAGCCUCAACAUCCAUGAAAAGGAAAAGAGGCAUAGAACCUAGCUCGAGCACGUCUACUCCUGUACUUAAUAACAUGACAUAUAUCUCUGACCCUCGUCAGCCCCCAUCCUGCAGCUUUUCUUCACAACUGCUUCCUCCAUUAAGAAAUACCGCAUUGAACUCAUUGACUUACAAUCUACAGCAUCAGCUCUCUUUCAUUCAUCAUCAACAUCAUCAUCAACAGCAACAGCAACAACAGCAACAACAACAACAACAAAUUGAAACAGUCUCACUCAAAAGCAUAACCAAUGAUUCUAUUUAUUAUAUUCGUAAUUUGGCUAUUACUGACACGUACACCUUUCGUGAUCUUUUAUCAGAAAUUGAUUUGUCUACUCCACCGCCACCAGGGAAACGUAUUGUUAUCACAGACGUUGAAAAGAAAAAGUUUUUUCCUUUAAGCCAGCCUAUUCGAAGCGUCAUUCCUAACCCAGAUAAAACUCAUGUCGAGUUUUAUUUGGGGCUUUCGGAUAAGGCUUCUAUUGAUUGGAGUGUUUUAUAAUACAUUUACAUAUUUGUGUAGAAUAAAAUAAAAGUUGAGAUUCAUCAUUUUUAGAAUCUUGCAAACAUUGCUGGAUAUCCCC